AUGUCAUUAUAUUGGUUUGAAACGAGAUUUGAUAGGAAAUUAGCACCAUACCCUUCACCAAAGUUAAGUCAAAAAUCAAAGACUGAUGGACCGACGGGGCAAAAACUUAUAUCACAAUCCGAAAUUGUUGACCAUAUCAUUGCGAAUAACAUUGAUACAGGAACUUUAGCAAAGAUAGAACGGUAUAUUUCCAUACCACUUAAAACACUUAUUACUCCGAGAUUGGGAAAUCGUCGUAAGACUUGUAAUAGUAUACCAAGGCCACAAAACAAUUUUGUAUUGUAUAGAAGGAAUUUACACGCAAUUAUCUCCAAUGAACAAGGAAGUGCGACGGCAAAAAAUUUUAAAGUGGUAUCAAAUUUGGCAGCGAAGAAAUGGGCGGAUGAAUCGAAUGAAAUCAAGCAAUUAUUUGAAAUCAUCGCCGAUUGUGCGAAAAAGGUUCAUGAUUAUACUUACCCCGAAUACGUUUAUCAACCUAGAAUUAGCGGUAAAACCAGUAUGAAAUUCAGACCCAUUAUAAAUGGGGAACCUUUUGUUGAAGAAAAAAAACCGCAAAGGAAAACGGUUGUUCCAUCACUUUUACUUUCAACCUUUGCGGUAGCCAAACCCGGAACAAACAAUAAAAAAAAGGAAGAUUCAAAGAAUAAAAGGCAAGUGAUAGAUUUAACCUUGCAAGAACGAAAGGCGGAGAUGAACUCGAAAGAAAAAAAUAUGAUAGAUUUGAGUGUUAAAGAACGACAGAUUGAAACGAUAGAUUCUACUUUGCAAAAACAAAUGAUAGAUUUGAACUUGGCAAAACAAGAAACAGUUGAGAGCUCAAAAGGACAAAUGAUGGAUUCGAGCUCGCUAGAACAAACGAUGAACUCAAAUGAACGUAAUUCAAGUUCUCUAAAACAAAUGAUAGAUUUGAACGUGCCUAAACAAGAGGAAAUUGUGAACUCUGGUGUGCAACAGAUGAAAAUUGAUUCAAACUCGCAUGAAAACACGACAAAUAAUCAACAACCAACACAACAACCGGAGCAACAAAGGCGACGACAGGCCCCUUUUGCAAAUUUACUUCAGCCUAUCGACAUUACCAUCACUUCUAGUUUUAUGCAUUCCGCUUAUGAUAAACAAAUAGUGAGUUUGUUUAACGGGUAUGCAUCAUUGUAA